AUGACCUCCAAGUCAAGAUUAUCAUUACUUAUGGUAAUGUUGGUCUGUCUCAUUACCAUGUUGGCAAUCCCAAAGGGUAUGGCCAAUGAAGGUAUUUCAGCAGAAGACCAAUCAAUUAUCAAGAGUCAAGGUGAAACUCACGAAUUCCAAGCUGAAGUCAACAAGUUGAUGAACAUCAUUAUCAACUCUUUGUAUUCAAAGAAGGAGAUUUUCCUUCGUGAAUUGAUUUCCAAUUCUGCCGAUGCUUUGGAUAAGAUUAGAUUCCUUGCUCUCACCAACCCAGCUUUAUUGGGUGAAGGUGAACAAGCCAAUUUAGAUAUCAAGAUCCAAGUUGACAAGGAAAACCAUUUCCUCCAUAUUACCGAUAAGGGUAUUGGUAUGACCAAGGCUGAUUUGAUCAAGAACUUGGGUACUAUUGCUCAAUCUGGAACCAAGGAAUUCAUCCAAAAGCUCACUGAAUCUGCCGAUUCAAAGGGUUCAUCAAACUUGAUUGGUCAAUUUGGUGUUGGUUUCUAUUCACUCUUUUUGGUUGCCGACUAUGUAGUCGUCACUUCAAAGAACAAUGAAGAUGAUCAAUAUGUUUGGACUUCAACAUCUGAUAGUUCAUUCUCUAUUAUGAAGGAUCCAAAGGGUAACACUCUUGGUAGAGGUACUAGAAUCUCACUUCAUAUCAAGGAUGAUUCACUUGAAUUCUUGGAACAAAGCACUAUUGAAGAAUUGGUUAAAAAGUACUCCCAAUUUAUCAAUUUCCCAAUCUAUUUGUACUCUUCAAAGGAAGUUGAUGCUCCAGAAGAAGAACAAGUAGAAACUCCAAUUGAAGAACAAGAGGAUGAUGAAGUAAAGGUUGGAGAAGAAGAAGAAGAAGAAGACGAACAAGAAGAUGAACAAGAAGAAGAGAAACCAAAGGAAAAGAAAAAGAUUACCGAAUGGACAUGGGAAAAGUUAAAUAAUAACAAGCCACUCUGGAUGCGUUCACCAAAGGAAGUUGAAAAGGAAGAGUAUACUGAAUUCUACCAAGCCCUCAACAAGCGUACCGACUCGCCACUCGCCUACUCUCACUUUGUCGCCGAAGGAGAUACCGAGUUCCGUGCCAUGCUCUUUAUUCCAAAGGACCCACCACAAAACAUGUUUGACCCAGAGGCUGUCCUCAACGGUGUCAAGUUGUUUGUCCGUCGUGUCUUUAUCACCGACAAUAUCCGUGAGCUCCUCCCCGCCUGGUUGCGUUUCCUCCAGGGUGUCAUUGACUCGGACGACCUCCCAUUGAACGUGUCGCGUGAGAUUCUCCAACAACACAAGCUCAUCGGCACCAUCCGUAAGCGUGUCAUCAAGAAGUUUAUCCAAAUGGUGCAAGAGAUCUCGAACCGUGAAGACAAGGCUGAAUACCACGACUUUUUCAAAAAGUACGGCACCGCCCUCAAGUUUGGCAUCAUCGAAGAGACUGGCGAGAACAAGAACCGUCUCAUCAAGCUCCUCCAAUUCGCCUCAUCCAAGGACGACCACACCACCUUUGAAGACUAUGUAUCGCGUAUGAAGGAGGGUCAAGACCAAAUCUACUACCUCGGUGGCAAGGACAAGGAGCAACUCGCCCAGUCUCCACUCGCCGAACAAGCCCUCAAGCAAGGCUACGAGGUGCUCUACUUGGUCGACCCAGUCGACGAAUACUUGUUCUCACAAAUCAACAAGUACGGCGAGCUCCAACUCACCAAUCUUGCCCGUGAAGGUGUCAAGUUCAACAAGGAGACCAACGCCGAAGAAGCCGACUCUGAAAAGGCCGUCACCGAAGAGUACAAGCCACUCACAGACUUCCUCCAAAAGCAACUCGGAAAGCGUGUCCAAAAGGUCGUCAUCUCCAAGCUCCUCUCUGACUCGCCAUGCAUCCUCUUGUCCAACACCUGGGGUGUCACUGCCAACAUGGAGCGUAUCAUGAAGGCCCAAUCCAAUGCCGGCCAACAACAAGAAAUGGCUCCAUUCAUGAAGGCCAAGGUCAUGGAAAUCAACCCAACCCACAGUCUCAUCCGUGCCCUCCUCGCCCGUGUCAACGAGUUUGGCAACACUGAUGAAGCCGCCAAGGUCCAAGCCAACGUCCUCUACGAAACCGCCGCCAUCUCCUCUGGCUACACCAUUGAAAACCCAACUAGCUUCACCAACUGGAUCUACAAGCUCAUGGAGUUGUCCAGUGACAAAUUAUCCGAAACCAAGUACGAAACUCCAACAAAGGAGGACGAUGUCGAUUUCUCUGAACCAACUCUUCCAACUACCAAUGAAGAAGAACCAGUUGAUCCAAUCUAUGAAGAAUUUGUUAAUAAUAAUCAAGGUGGUCAUGAUGAACUCUAA